AUGACGCCACCCAUUCAUAUCGAUUAUUUGCCACUGGGCAAGCCUCUAUUCGCUGUAAUACUGGUCUUUGUGAUUAUCGUUGCAAAAUUUGCCUAUACUAGUGUCACAUGUCCAACCCGACAUCUCCCUGGACCUUGGUAUACUCGCUUUACGCAUCUUCGCCUGAAACAUGCAGUGAUUACCGGUCAACGAAUCUUCUACAUUGAUUCUCUUCACAGACAAUAUGGACCCAUCGUACGAUUAUCUCCCACUGAGGUUGGAGUCGCAGACCUCAGUGCCUUCAAAGAGAUCCAUAAAAUUGGUACCAAAUACAUGAAGAGUGAUUGGUAUCUACGCCUAGCAAAUUUUCCCAAGCCGGGUGUCUUCACCAUGCUAGAUCCCCGAGAACACGGCCCAAGGAGGAAGCUACUCUCUAGGUCAUUUAGCAGAACAUACCUAGUGGAGAAUUGGGAUUUGGUUGUAAGAGAAAAGGCACUACUUGCUGUGACAAAGAUCAAGGCGGAUGCCGCGACAGGCACCGCGGAUGUGUAUAACUGGUGGAUGCUCCUGGCUUCAGAUAUCAGCGCUCAUCUUGCCUUUGGGGAGUCCUUUGGUAUGCUUGAGAUGGGACAUGCAAACCAGUUUAUUCGAGUACUGAAAAAACUCACUAUGGGAGCCGGUAUCAUGGUCGAGAUGCCUUUUCUUCGUCUCCUACGAUUCAUUCCUAUCACGGCUGUGCAGGAGAUGUUUAAUGCAAAUGACUUCAUUCUCAAAGGCGCAGGUCGAGCGGUCGAGAUGGCGCGAUCUAGGACUGGCGAGGCCAACAUCUUCGCAAAGGUGAUUGAGGACUGCGAGAAGGAAGGGGACGGCCAUAUUGACGACAUGGAUGUGAGGAUUGAGGCCAUGAAUGUUAUCAUUGCUGGCACUGAUACGACUGGCGUCACUCUGACUUAUCUAACUUGGGCGGUCCUCCAACGGCCUGACUUGCAGACAGCGUUGGAGACUGAGACUGCUGGUUUGAAAGCAGGCUUUACAGAAAACGAGCUCAUCAACCUGCCGUUACUAAACGCGGUCAUCGAGGAGACGCUAAGACUGUAUGGCGCUGCACCUAGUAGUCUACCACGCGUAGUGCCCAAGGGUGGAACCAACUUCGGAGGCCACUACAUCCCUCAAGGUGUCACGGUCGAUACGCAGGCAUACACAUUUCACCGCGAUCCCAACAUCUGGAAUGAUCCUUUGAUCUUCAACCCUUACCGCUGGAUCACAUCCGAAAAUAGCCUCGCAGAAGCGCUUUCACCCGCCGCUAAAACCGCUUUCCAUCCUUUCGGUGCUGGCGCUCGAUCAUGCAUUGGUAUUCAUCUUGCACGCAUGGAGUUACGAUAUGCAGUUGCGUUCUUCUUUCGAGAAUGCCAGGGCAUUACAUUGGCGGGUAGCACCACGCCUCAAAGCAUGGAGUUUGAAAAUUUCUUCUUGAUCGCACCCAAGGCGCACCGGUGUGAGAUUACAUUUCACUGAGGACUAUGGAAAUAUCAGGAAGAGUUGUAAGGUUGUGGUGUCUAGGCUAUCUUAUUUGAUUUCGUCAACUUGUCGUUGCGUCCGUAAAGUGAGUAGGCUGAAUCUGCAUCACCUUGCUUAUACACUCGUACUCAUGGUUCGGACAGCAUGAAAUAUACUGUGGGCGGCC